AACACAUGUUGCUGCUCUGCGGCUGUGUGUGGUUUGGCAGCUCCAGAAGAAAAGACACUGGUAGGGGAUUUAACAGGCAGGGGACUUGAUCACUUGACAGACGGACAUUAAAAAAGCGAAAGCGGGAAAACAAGCAAAUAAAAAGGCGAAACUUUAAAGCGGCAAGACCAGCAGCAGCGGAAGAAACACAAAGGCAGACCGGGACGGACAGAGAAGGCUCCCAGAGCAAUUUUAGAAUUAGCCCCAGUCUUGGAAGUAAUUGUGGAAACAAGGAUCUGGACAAAUUAAGAAGAGAAGUUAACUGCAGCCAGUGAAAGUAGACAUUUAGGGAAGCAGAUAGUUGAACACAGAUUUUUAAGAUCAUCCAACAAGAGGCCCUGAAUCAUCUCGCAGGCCUUUCAUCCUUUUGGACGCAAGAGAGCGUCUAACAUUUAGUAACCUCCUUAUUUAACUGGACACCUCAGGUUCUGCAUCAAAGCUUCAGCAGCAAGAGGCGUGUGUUUUAAAGAUCCCUCUCCAUUUGGCUUGCGGGUGUCUGGGUUGCUGUGACAGGUUAUGUCUAGCUAGCUCUCUCACACACACACACACACACAUACUCCACAGUGCAGCUGGAAGAUCAAGAGUUUGUGUUGCACAUACCUGCACUGAGGAAAAAAAAAAACGUGUGUGGUCUGAGGAACUCAGCUGGUCUGGGAAACUGUCAGGAGAGGCAGCCAGCUCUCUAAGUGCUCUCUGUCGGCAGUAACAGGAGACAAGUUCUCAGGGACGGCGAGCACAUUCAAAGGGAUGAUGAGGAUGAAGAAGGAGCGGACGCUGUGCAGAAUCUCGUGCUUGGUGACGCUGUUUGUGGAGCUGAGCUGGAUAAAUGUUGGCGACAGCACGCACAGAGAGGGAGCGAGCAGGGAGGUGAUGAAGCAGUGGGAAAGGAAGAUGCGUGCGUCCUCCAGCCUGGAUGAGCUGCUCAGACUUGCAGACUUUCCUGACUGGAAGUUGUGGAAGUGUCGUCUGAGGCUGCAGCAGCCGGAUGUCCAGACAGAGGCGCUCUCCUCGCCGCCGUCCGUAGGGUCCCACCGCUCAACCCGCUACGCUGCAGAAUCCUACAGCCUGGAGAUACUUCAAGCCAUUGAUGAGGAGUGGCAACGUACUCAGUGCAUGCCCAGGGAAACGUGUGUGGACGUAGCCAAGGAGCUGGACACCGAACCCUCGAUGUUCUUCAAGCCACCCUGUGUGUCUGUCCACAGGUGCAGUGGCUGUUGCAAUCAAGAGGGCGUCAGCUGCAGAAACACUACUACUGUAUAUGUCAACAAAACUGUCCUGAGUGUGAUCCCGUUCAACCUCGUACCAGAGCCUGUGCUAAUAAAAGUAGCGAACCACACAGAGUGCAGCUGCAUGGAGCCCGCAAUAAUCCGACGAAAUGCCCAGCCUCACAGGAGCAGCGGCUGCUCUCUGAUGGGCCAGUUCUCAGAAGCAGAGGACUCCAGGAGGCUUUGUGCCAGCGGGUUCAUUUGGGAUUGUUCAACGGACAGAUGCAUACCUUACCCCUCCAGUGCACCAGGGCUUCCACUCAGCUCGUGGAUGCCAGACUGUGAGAUAGACGCCGAGCGCUGUGUCUGUAUCCCCCGACCAGAACCGACUACCCCGCAAAGGCCGGCCCAUCGCUGUCAUCUCAACUCUUCCAUCUGUGCGAACAAGAAACUACGGUUCGAUCAUGCCUCUUGCAGAUGCAGAUGGCCCAAGUAGAAGCCUGCGGGGGAAGUGUAUGACAACAACCUGCUCGCCAAGGGUGUUUGGAGGCAGAGAAAAAAGGCUCAUAAUUUAUUAUUUACUGUCCUAUUUAUGCUGAUCACUUUAACUAAUAAGGAAUAAUAACUCACACGACCAUGUUAAUUGAUUUCUUUUAACAUGCUUACUUACGUUUAAAUCAAAGUGUCAAGUUCAUGAUUUGUACAUUUGUUCUUUGUGCACUGAAUAUGUAGUUUAUAUUAAAAGAUUAUUUUUAUAAGUUGUAACUUGCUGUGAACGUAUGGAUUAUUGCUCAACUUCUGCUCCAGUGUUUUCAAAUUUCACACAACAGUUUAUGUUCACUAUUAAAGAUAAUAGAACUUAUCUACAUGUUGAGCUCCUCUUUAGAGACUCAACUACUCAUCAACAUGGUCGAUGACAAAUUUGAUGUAAAAUUUGGACAUGCCAGAUGUUUUGCAGCAGAGCACGGAAUUGUCACAAGAUGGUCGAUGUUAUUUACGUCUCCUGUCGCUGGUUUUAAUGUCAUGCCUGGUCGGUGCAUGGUCAGGCAUAACACGUUAACAGACAGCUUUUACAGCAGGGAUUUUAACUUCUCACCAUAGGGAAAGCUUACAUAGAAUUAAUGAUGGCUCAUUAACAUUAAGUGCCCGAGUGACUAGUGACAGGAAAGCAGCAUGUGCAAAAAUAUGGAUCCCUGUGUGCUUGUGUUUUACCUACUCUGAGAAGUCAGAAGUCAAAGCCAACUUUAUUGUCAAUUUCUUCACAUGCACCAGACAUACAAAGCAAUCGGAAAAAAAAAAAAAAGUAUUCCAUGCCAAGAAGUGAAGUGUACAGGCACAACGGAUGAAGACGGAAAUUAAAUAAACGAAAUAAAUGUAGAUAUAGCAGCAGAAGUGUGUGAGGCAGAGGUUGUAAACAUGCAAAAGACGGUCAAAAUAGUAAUAGCAGCAGACAGUUUUCAUAUGAUAUAUAUAUAUAUAUAUAUAUAUACACGUGAAUAUACAUAUGCAUGUAGUCAGAAGUUACAUGGAAAUAUGCAAAAAAAAAAAAGAAAUCAGGAAGGGGGCCAAGGCUUUUUUACGCCACUGCAUCAACAGUCGUUUUGCUCACACAAGCUCUGCAGUGUUGUCUGUUUAGUAUGUGAACUUUUUUGAUUCAGCACAUUGUUAAUAGCAUAGCACCAUAUAAUAGCACCUAAUAGCAUAAUUACCCAAGUUGUUUCUUGACUUAUUGUUACAAUAUCAAUGUAAAUAAUAAUAAUAAAAAAAAACAAUGUGCUUGCUAAAAAUUGUGUAAAAAAUGUUCAAAUAUGACUUACACAAUUAUGACUAGUGAAAUAUUGUGUUUAACCCUCUGGUGUCGAGAGUAUAAUUGACUGUUUUUGACUUUAUAUUUUCUCAUCUUAAAAAACGAUUUACAUUG